AUGUUGCGAGUCGGUUCAUGGCUGUACGGCAAGAAGCCGACACAGUCGGUAGACUCGGUGGUCGAAAUCAAAGACUUGGUGCAAGCGAUGCAAGCGGCGACAAUGAUCCUCAAUGACGAUGUCGACGGUGCAGAAGCAAAUCUCGCUACGGGGUCCUCGACUUUCCACCUGUUGGGCAAAGGCGUGGUCGCGUUUGUACGAGCCACAUUGGGAUUCGAGCAGGAGAUUAUGCGACAAGCCUCCGAACGACUCGGCGAAGCGGAAACCAGCGCGAGCAACGACCAGACUCGGGCGCAACAGAACGCCAAUGCCCCCAAUGCCUUCCACUCGGACAUCUAUGCCCCCGGCUCGGAAUAUGCCCUUUGCCAAGCAAUUGCCCAGUUGAUGAGUGCCGUUGUAGGUGUACUGAACGAAAGCCUGACAGAAAGUAUCAAGGCGUUCUAUAGGCUGAGAAAGGCCUAUAUUACGCUAGACGCCAUCAUGAAGAUGGAGGAAAAAUUCAUGGAAUCACAAAACCUGAAAAAGCACUUACUUCCCAGCGCCAGUGAUCUUUCGAAGUCGAGUGCCGAAUGUCCGGAGGACAAGUCAGACUCGUCGAAUCAAAUCUCGAAAGACGACGGCAAAGUGGCCACAAAUGCAAGCGCUGAGCUAAACCGAUCCUUGAGCGGGUUGACCGUAGCUGCUGAAGCAGUAUCUCCGGGUGCCUCAACGCCUUCUGCAAAGCACAUCCAUCACGAUCCUGACUCGGAGAUUUUCAAGAACGAAAUUGAUGUUUUUGUGCACUCCGGCUCUAAUUUCUGUUUCGGAAUCCUUCUUCUACUGAUCUCCAUGGUCCCUCCAGCAUUCAGCAAGUUACUUUCCAUUAUUGGAUUCCACGGUGACAAGCAACGAGGACUAAGAAUGCUGUGGCAAGCCAGCAAGUUCCACAACUUGAUCGGCGGUAUGGCUGCCCUGGCAUUGCUUGGCUAUUACAAUGGCUUCGUUCGCUACUGCGAUAUCAUGCCCGACCCGACUCCUGGUGAGACCGAUGUUGAAGGAUAUCCCCAGGAGAGACUGGCUGCUUUGCUGGCCGAGAUGCGAUCUAGGUUUCCUAAAAGUCAGCUCUGGCUGCUCGAAGAAUCGCGUAUGAAGGGUGCGAAUAAGGACCUGGAAGGUGCUCUUGCGCUCCUCGACACAAACACCAAGAGUCCUCUAAAGCAGGUCGAAGGAUUGUGCGUUUUUGAGAAGAGUUUGAAUGCAUUAUUCUUGCACGAAUACGAGGUCUGUGCCGAGGCAUUCAUUGAGUGUGUGGAUCUCAAUUCCUGGUCCCGGUCCCUAUAUUAUUACAUCGCCGGAUCUUGUCAUGUAGCGCUAUACCGAAGGAACAUUGCAGACCCCAAGCUGGCAGAAGAACACGCCAAAAAGGCUGCCCUGUACCUCCGUGAAGCACCAGCCCAUGCCGGCAAAAAGCGCUUCAUGGCCCGCCAACUCCCAUUCGACGUCUUCGUCGCCCGGAAAAUCGCCAAGUGGGAAGCACGCGCCAAGGAGUGGAACGUGCCUCUCGUGGAUGCCAUUGGCGUGGACCCCGUCGAAGAGAUGAUCUUCUUCUGGAAUGGCCACAGUCGCAUGACGGAGGCGCAGCUUGAGGAAUCCCUCACCAGACUAGCUUGGUGUGAAAGCGACGCAAACAAGACCUGGUCUCGCGAAGGCAUUGAAGAAAAGGCCAUCCUGGAACUUCUUCGUGCGGCUGUCCUGCGCUCAUUAUGCAAAUACGAUGAGGCAAAGAACAUUAUCCAGACUCGCGUGUUGAACCACGAUAAGUCUCUGUUCAAGGGUCAUCUGAAGGACGACUGGGUUCAUCCAGUUGCGCACUUUGAAAUGGCGGCUAACUUUUGGAUGGAGCGUUCUACGUAUCAGACGCUUCAUGGGUUGUCUACAACCACCCCAGCCGUUGAAUCUGACAAGACUUCCACCGCCUCUGGGAGUAGUUCUCAGAUUGACACUGAAAGAAAGCAGGUGCGUCAGUGUAAGGAGUACCUCGACCACGCUGCUCGGUGGGAGAGCUACGAAUUGGAUGCCCGCAUUGGUCUUAAGGUCACUGCUGCCAUGGAGGCCGUUCACAAGUGGGAGAGCGUGCAUCCAUCCACUUAG